AAUGGUUUGUUUUUAACGCAGGAUCACGAUGGACAAUAAUCAAAAAUUACUUCUCGUUAUUCUUAUGUACUUGUAUGUCCGUUUUUUUUGGAAGAGAGGUUUGAAAAGAAUGCGAGACAAUGAUUCAAACAUGACGGGGCAUCAAUACACGUUAGAGUUAUUAACUGGAAAUCCAAAACAAUGCAUUGAAAUGCUUCGUAUGUCACGUGAAUCUUUUGUCCGACUAUGCGCACAUUUUAGAGUUAAUUAUUCGUUAGUUGAUAGCAAACACGUAUCGGUUGAGGAGAAAAUGGCAAUGUUUUUGAUGGUAAUCGGUCAUAAUCAACGGUACGUGGUUAUCAAGCGUAGAUUUCAACACUCGAAGCAAACAAUCCAUAAAUUUUUUUAUGAGGUUUUGGAUAAAAUGAUGCUCUUCGCCAGAGACAUGAUAGUGCCAACUUCUUUCAACCCGAAUCCCAAUAUACCAGGACAUAACAAGAGACUUCGACGGGUUUUUAAAGGAGCGGUAGGUGCAUUGGAUGGAACUUUGAUACAUGCUGUUGUCCCUGCUAGUAAACAAGAUUUAUACAGAGGAAGGGGCAAAGGUGAUUGUUAUCAAAACGUAUUAGCAAUUUGUGACUUUAACAUGAUUUUUACGUUCAUUGUGGCCGGCUGGGAAGGAGUAGCACAUGAUGCUAGAAUAUUAUCCGAGGCACUUGUCGAUCCACAUGCACCAUUCCCGAUUCCACCACCAGACAAAUAUUAUCUUUGUGAUGCCGCAUAUGCACACACUCGAGGGUUUAUGGCUCCAUAUCGUAAUGUGCGGUAUUGGCUUGGUGAUUUUCGUCGGAGACGCGCAUUGACUAAUAAAGAAAAGUUUAACCAUGGACAUGCAAAACUUCGGAACGUAAUCGAGCGUUCAUUUGGUGUCUUGAAAGCACGAUUCCCUAUAUUGAAGCGGAUGGCACCAUUUCCUUUAAUCACACAAAGAAACAUUACCAUUGCAUGUUUCGCGCUACAUAAUUUUAUAAGGAAAGCGGGUUUGAACGAUGAAUUGUUUACUGAAUAUGAUCAACCCAAUGUGUCGUUACAUAAUAGGCAAGUGCAUGUUGAUGCUGAUGAAGACGAGGUUGGAGCACAUGGUACUGCAGCUGAUCGAGAAUAUAUGACUCACUUACGUGAUGAGAUUGCCGAGCAACUAAUGCAAAGUAUGGAAUAAACGAUUAAAAAAACAUUGUUCUGUUUAAUAACUAUUAUUUCAGUGUUGUGGUUUUAUGAAUAUUAUUUUAGUGUUACGUGGUUUUAUGAAAUAUAUUUCGGAUUAAUAAAA